AUGCGCAGCAAAAUUAAAAAGGUGCUCAAGAAAGCCGAGAGCGCGCAGCUAGCGCAAGCCAAUUGCAACGAGGCCAUGGAAGCGUUUCUAUCCUCAUUGAAUGAUGCAUCCACGUCCAAUUCAAAUGCUAUUCAACCCGCUUUGGAUCACUACUUCGAGAAGAUCGCUCGCCAGAUUUUGAACUACGAGCAGCUCAACACGGUGCAACUUCAAAAACUCGUGAUUGAUCCUCUGGUCAAGCUAUAUAACAACGACAUCAAACAAGCAGAAGCCAAAAAGAAGGACUGGGAUGAAGAAAGCCGUGACUAUUACGCAUAUGUCAGUCGGUAUCUGGGCCAGCGGCAGGACUCACUGAAAGAGAAGAAGCGUGCCGAGAGCGAUUCAAAGUAUCAAGUCAAGCGGCGGAAUUUCGAAUUGAGGCGAUUCGAUUACUCCUCUUUUAUGCAAGAUCUCCACGGAGGUCGCAAAGAGCAAGAGGUUCUCUCACACCUCACCAAGUAUGCAAGUUGCCAAGUCAAGAAUUUCCUGUCAGCCGCCAAAAAGGUUGAAGGGAUGACCCCUCAGCUGGAUGCCCUUAUUCACGAGGUGGACCAGGCCGACAAGGAGUUCCAAUUCCAGCGUACAGAACGCGAAGAGAAGCGCCGGGCUCUGGAAAAUGGCAGUAACCCAUAUCUUGAGCCUGACGUUGUGGGCGGCCCAAUGAGUAUACCUAUCAUCCCUCCGGGAACUGCUAAUGGCGGUCCUUCUACCGAGGUCGAGCUCGGUAGGGCCGAUAGCACAGGCUCCCAGAUCCGAGGAGUCACUAGCAAUACCUCAUCAAUUUCAUCUCAAGCAAAUGCGGGAUCCAUUGCAUCACCCACAGGGAUCAGUGCACCUGCGUCAAGCUCGACGGUAGUCAGUAAUGCGGGCCAGAAUCGCUUCAAGGGUAUCCGAGAUCUUGAGGAACAGAACAGUCUUGGAUGUGAUCGAACCAGUGGCCAACAGCGGAAAGAAGGCCUCCUGUGGGCACUAUCCCGUCCAGGGUCUCACAUCGACCCCAAGGGGAUCAACAAGCAGGCAUGGCACAAAUUUUGGAUUGUCUUGGAUCAAGGAAAAUUAUCCGAGUAUAGCAACUGGAAACAAAAACUGGAUCUACAUAUGGACCCCAUCGAUCUGCGCAUGGCAUCCGUCCGUGAAGCUCGAAAUGCGGAGCGACGGUUCUGUUUCGAAGUGAUCACACCCCAGUUCAAACGUAUUUACCAAGCCACAUCCGAGGACGACAUGUCCAAUUGGAUCAGGUCUAUCAACAACGCGCUGCAAAGCGCGGUCGAAGGCCAGGAGACUUCAGCUUCUUCCGCGUCUAGGAAUAAUGCGCUGACCAAUCGGGAUAUUGGCUCCGCUCUAACAGGGAAAAGCUCGUCUGUGUCUGGUCACCAUUCCCAUUCCAACUCUAGCUCUGGCUCUGGCAACAGCGCCGGCGUCAUCCGCCGAACUACAGUCGGUGCGCGUCCGGGCUAUGUCCGUCAUGAUGGCAACACCUUUGAAGAGAAUCCUGCAAAACUUCUGCAGGUUGUACGGGAUGCGGACCAAGGCAACAACUGGUGUGCUGAUUGCGGAUCCUCAUCCAAGGUUGAGUGGGUGUCCAUCAACCUCGGAAUCAUUCUCUGCAUUGAAUGUAGUGGUAUUCACCGCUCUCUGGGUACGCACAUAUCCAAGAUCCGCUCUCUCACGUUGGAUGUACACUCCUUCUCGAACGACAUUGUCGAGAUUCUCCUGCAGAUUGGCAACCGCGUCAGCAAUAUGAUUUGGGAGGCGACCCUAGAUCAAAAGCUCAAGCCGAGCGCCAGUUCUACACGGGAGCAGCGGUUGAAAUUUAUCACCGCCAAAUAUGUUGAUCGAGCCUACGUUGAGCAUCUGCCUUCACCACGUUCUCGCUUCGCGACGCCUGGCGAAACACUUCUCGCCUCAAUCAAACAGAACGACAUCCAAGGCGUCCUCUACGGCCUCGCCCUGCGUGGUAACGUAAACAUUACCGAUCGCUCCCGCAACACCCACGCCACUUUCCUAGCCCUCGCCGCCGCUGAUCCUGCGUCCCCAGGCGCCCCACCGACCACUCUCGCCGCCAGGUCUAGCGCAAAAGCCAUCCCGUUCCCUAUCGCCGAGCUGCUAGUCCAAAAUGGCGCAGAGAUCCCGCCACAGCCCCCCUCCAUCCCUCUCUCCCCCGCAGCCAAGCUCUACCUCAGCCAACGGACCGCCCGCCCAUCUACCUUUAGCGUGCCUCCACCGCCACUGGGUGGAAAGUCCUCUGCGAACGAUACCCUGGGCUCCCUCCCAAUUAUCCGCAGCAAGGAAUCUUCUUCUUCGUCAAACGCUCCAACUCUCGCAGAAAGCAGAGAUAAAGACAGAGAGAAGCUCUCCAAAAGAGGAAGCGCUGGUGCCCGCUUUGCGGGAAAAGUGGCUUCACUUGGAAUUGAUCGAUAA